UGGCUGGCUUUUGGUCACAAAGAGCUCAUCAUUUCAAGUGCAGUCCUAUAUACAAAACACUGGAGACUGGAGGCCACACAAACUGAGAUCUCUAUUCCCUAAGAUUCUGGCUAUGGACCAAUGUCUCCGCAUAGCACAACAGCCCCUGUGUCCAGGGACCCCACAAGAGGAUGGUUUUGCAGGACCCUCAGCAGAGUCUGACAGGAUAGAGUCAUCUCUUCAUAGUAUCCAGAAAUUUGUUCCUAUAGACUAUGCCAGCUACACACAAGAGCAUUAUCAGUUUGCAGGCAAGAAGAUCAUCAUCCAAGAAUCCAUUGAGAACUAUGGCACGGUGGUGUGGCCAGGGGCUACAGCUUUGUGCCAAUACUUGGAAGACCAUGCAGAAGAAUUAAGCCUCCAAGGUGCUAAAAUACUUGAAAUUGGUGCUGGACCAGGCCUGGUUUCCAUUGUGUCCAGUCUUUUAGGAGCUCAAGUCACUGCAACAGAUCUGCCUGAUGUUCUAGGAAAUCUUCAAUACAAUCUUUUAAAAAACACACUGGCAUGCACAGCUUAUCUACCUGAAGUGAAAGAACUGGUAUGGGGGGAAGAUCUGGACCAGAAAUUCCCCAAGUCAAACUUUUAUUACGAUUAUGUCCUGGCCUCUGAUGUGGUCUAUCACCACUACUAUCUGGAUAAGCUACUUGCUACUAUGGUAUACCUUUCCCAGCCAGGCACUGUGAUGCUUUGGGCAAACAAAUUCAGAUUCAGCACUGAUUAUGACUUUUUAGAUAAAUUCAAGCAAGUUUUUGAUACCACUCUUGUGGCUGAACAUUCAGAGUCAUCAGUGAAACUUUUUAAAGGGAUACUAAAAUGUGACUGAUAUUUAAAGAGCCUUUCAAAGUAUCAUUGUCUUCUUGUGAGCUAUCAGAAGGUACACCAUA